ACGACAACAAUUGAUAAUUGACGUCGCGUAUAUCGCAUCUAUUGAUCUUAAGAUUGGACAGACAGUUUGUUUCUUUCGUUCCAGUGUGUAUUAUUUGUAUCGAAAAAAUGGGCCGAAAAGAUGACGAAACUGAUUCGCCCGGCAAAUCCGAUGAAAAUAACGGUGAUGAUUAUGAUGAUAACGACAAGAUGAUGAUGUCAAAUGAACAAGAUGAUACCGAUAUGGAUGAACAACAAUAUCAACAACAACAUCAAUCUGAAGGAAAUGAUGAUCAAAAUUAUGAUGAUGAUAAUGCAUCUGCUGCAACCGAAACCGAAAUGAAUGAUGCAGAUGAUCCAGAAUAUGAAGCAGAUUUACGAUCACAUGGUAAAAGAAAAACACGUGCCGGUGGUAGUGGUAAAGAUUCAUCAUCAUCAUCAAGCCGGCGAAGUAAAAAGAAAAAACGUAAGAAAAGUCAACCCGAAUAUGAUCAAGAUUAUGAUAAUGAUGAUGAUGUUGAUGAUGAUGACGGCGGUAGAUAUGGUGAAGAAGAAUCAUAUCAAUUAACAAUGGCAUCCGGUAAAACGUCAUCAAUCUCAACUCGAAAAGAUAGUAAAAAAGAACGUUCACAAAAAAGUGUUUCCGAAAUCUGCGAUGAUCUCAACAUUGAAGAUAUCGACUAUGAAUUCACUGAAGCUGAUUAUCAAAAUUUGACUAGUUAUAAAAUAUUCUCCAACCAUUUACGACCAUUGAUCGCGAAUAAAAAUCCGAAAAUACCGAUGAGUAAAAUGGUCGUACUAAUUUCAGCUAAAUGGCGUGAAUUCUGUCAAAAUGAUCUAUUUCAACAACAACCAAUUCUGCCAAUGAUAAUUUCCACAGAUGAAAGUGGUGAAACACGGGGCAAAUGUCGAAAAUCAAAAUCUGGCAAAGGUUUAGUACCUUCGAUUAAAAUAAAGCUUAGUAAUAUUAGUAAACGAAAACGUGCAAACAGUUCGGAAGAAGAAGAAGAUAGUCCUGGUGAAAUGAAUAAAAGUGAUGAAGAAUUUGAGGCCGCUUUAGAAGAAGCUCAAAUGCCAUCACCAUCAGCAAAAGAUAGGAAAAAAUCAAAGAAAAAGAUGAAAAAACGUAAAAAGACAAAAACAACCGAUAGUUUUCCAGGUCAUGAUUCGGAAGAAAAUGGAUAUGAAACUGAUCACCAAGAUUAUUGUGAAGUUUGUCAACAAGGCGGCGAAAUCAUUCUUUGUGAUACCUGCCCACGAGCCUAUCAUUUAGUCUGUUUGGAGCCUGAAUUAGAAGAAGCACCGGAAGGAAAAUGGAGUUGUCCACAUUGUGAAGGGGAAGGUAUUCAAGAUCAGGAAAACGAUGAAUCCCUCGAACAAACAACCAAUGAUCAUCAUAUGGAAUUCUGUCGCAUUUGUAAAGAUGGUGGGGAAUUACUUUGUUGUGAUGCAUGUCCAUUAGCCUAUCAUACAUAUUGCCUGAGCCCACCGUUAGAAGAUGUACCAGAUGGAGAAUGGCGUUGUCCACGUUGUUCUGUCGAACCAUUAAAAGGAAAGGUGGCUAAAAUUCUUCAUUGGCGUUGGGUGGAAAAGCCAAAGAAACAACGAACAAAAAUGAUUGAAACUAAAACUGACAAUGAAACAUCCGAAACAGUAGAGCAAAAACAGGAAGAGCAUUUAUCGAUAAAGGCUGAACCAGAGCCAACACCAUCAACUUCUAAAGAUCCACCACCGCCACCAGCACCCUCAAUGACUUCACAAAAAUUGCAAAAAGAACGAGAAUUUUUUGUUAAAUGGCAUGAUAUGAGUUAUUGGCAUUGUAGUUGGAUUAGUGAACUUCAACUUGAAGUUUUUCAUUCAUCUUUAUAUCGAAACUAUUGUCGUAAAAAUGAUAUGGAUGAGCCACCCCCAUUAGAUGAUGGAUCAAGUUAUGGCGAACCCUUAUCAAUCAGAGAAGAAAUUAGUGAAACCAUUAAUAAUGGCAAACCACCCGAAGAAAUUACUGCAGCGACUGGUAUGAAACGAAAAAAACUUCGCCGCAAUGAUCGAAGUGAUGUCAAUCUUGAAGAACGAUUUUAUCGAUACGGUAUACGACCAGAUUGGCUCAACAUACAUCGAAUUAUUAAUCACAAAGUUUUACGUGAUGGCCGUUAUAUGUAUCUGGUGAAAUGGCGUGAUCUACCCUAUGAUCAAAGUUCGUGGGAAUUUGAAGAAUCAAUAGAAUUUCAAAUUCCAGACAUGAAAAAAGCUAUUGAUGAUUAUUGGGAUUUAAGACAAGUAGCAGAAAUAACUGCUGGUAAAUCCAAAAAUCAAAAACUUCGUGGUCGUAGUAAAAAGCGAAGUGAAAGUUCAAAAGAAGAAACGGGUGAUGGCCAACAACUGCAACCUCGACGCUAUAGUCCACCUCCUGAAAAACCUAUUGUUGAUCCAAAAAAGAAAUAUGAACGACAGCCUGAAUAUAUUGAUCAUACUGGAAUGGAACUUCAUCCAUAUCAGCUUGAAGGUAUCAAUUGGUUACGAUAUUCAUGGUCUCAUCACACUGAUACGAUUUUGGCCGAUGAAAUGGGUCUUGGCAAAACCAUCCAAACAAUCGUAUUUCUAUAUUCACUGUACAAAGAAGGUCAUUGUCGUGGACCGUUUCUUGUAUCGGCACCAUUAUCGACUAUAAUCAAUUGGGAACGUGAAUUCGAAGUAUGGGCACCUGAUUUCUAUGUUGUCACAUACAUCGGAGAUAAAGAUAGCCGAGCUGUGAUCCGUGAACAUGAACUCAGCUUUGAAGAUGGUGCCGUACGUAGUGGAUCGAAAGCAUCUCGAAUGCGUAAAGAUAUUCCUAUUAAAUUUCAUGUAUUGCUCACAUCCUAUGAAUUGAAUUGUAUCGAUGCAGCUACAUUAAGCUCGAUUGAAUGGCAAAUAUUGGUCGUGGAUGAGGCUCAUCGUCUGAAGAAUAAUCAAUCAAAAUAUUUUCGUGUAUUGAAUACGUACAAAAUUAAUUACAAACUUUUGCUAACUGGUACACCAUUACAGAAUAAUUUAGAAGAAUUGUUUCAUCUUUUGAACUUUUUAAGUUCUGAAAAUUUCAAUGACAUGCAAGGAUUUCUCAAUGAAUUUGCCGAUCUUUCUAAAGAAGAUCAAGUGAAAAAGUUACAUGAUCUACUCGGGCCUCAUCUUCUUCGUCGUUUGAAAGCCGAUGUCCUUAAAGGCAUACCCGCUAAAAGUGAAUUUAUCGUCCGUGUUGAUUUAGCAUCCAUGCAAAAAAAAUAUUACAAAUAUAUUCUUACGAGAAAUUUUGAAGCUCUUAAUGCCAAAGGUAGUGGACAUCAGGUUUCUCUCGUAAAUAUAAUGAUGGAUUUGAAAAAAUGCUGCAAUCAUCCCUACUUGUUUCCUGGUGCUGCUGUCGAAGCACCCAAAUUACCAAAUGGCCUUUAUGAAAUAAAUGCCUUGACCAAAGCAUGUGGGAAACUUAUCUUAUUACAAAAAAUGCUUCGUAAAUUAUAUGAUCAAGGCCACCGAGUUUUGAUUUUCUCGCAAAUGACUAAAAUGUUGGAUAUUCUAGAAGAUUUUCUCGAAGGCGAAGGCUAUAAAUAUGAACGCAUUGAUGGCGGUAUCACUGGUUCGCUUCGACAAGAGGCCAUUGAUCGUUUCAACGCACCGGGGGCUCAACAAUUUUGUUUCCUUUUGUCUACCCGUGCUGGUGGUCUUGGCAUCAAUUUGGCUACGGCCGAUACUGUCGUUAUUUAUGAUUCGGAUUGGAAUCCACAUAAUGAUAUCCAAGCAUUUAGCCGUGCUCAUCGUAUUGGCCAAUCAAACAAAGUGAUGAUCUAUCGGUUUGUCACUCGUGCAUCAGUCGAAGAACGUAUUACACAAGUGGCUAAAAAGAAAAUGAUGUUGACACAUUUGGUCGUUAGGCCUGGUAUGGGUAGUCGUAGCGCUGCUAUGUCCAAGCAAGAGCUCGAUGAUAUUCUUAGGUUCGGCACUGAAGAUUUAUUCAAAGAUGAAGAAAAUGCCGAAGAUAGUACAAUUCAUUAUGAUGAUAAAGCUAUCGAAGAAUUGCUUGAUCGAACUAAAGAAGGAAUCGAGCAGAAAGAACUAUGGGCCAAUGAAUAUCUGAGUUCAUUUAAAGUGGCAUCAUAUGUCACAAAAGAUGCAGAAGAUGAGGAGCCGGAAACUGAAAUUCUCAAGCAAGAUGUUGAAAGUGCUGAUCCAGCCUAUUGGGAAAAACUUCUUCGCCAUCAUUACGAACAACAACAAGAAGACCUGGCUCGAACAUUGGGCAAAGGCAAACGGCUCCGUAAACAAGUCAACUAUAAUGAUGCCAUGGGUGGUUCUCAAGAAGAUCAAAAUUGGCAGGAAAAUGUUUCCGAUUACAAUUCCGAUUUUUCUGUUCCUUCCGAUCAAGAUGAAGAUGAUGAAUAUGAUGAAAACAGAGAGGAGAAAUUUAUGCGCCGUAAAUAUCGUGAUCGUAAUGAUAAAGAUCGUCCAUUACCUCCAUUGUUGGCCAGGGUUGGUGGCAAUAUCGAAGUCUUGGGAUUCAAUGCUAGACAACGAAAAGCAUUCCUGAAUGCUAUAAUGCGAUAUGGAAUGCCACCACAAGAUGCAUUCAAUUCUCAAUGGCUUGUCCGUGAUCUUCGUGGUAAAUCAGAGAAGAAUUUUUGGGCAUAUGUUUCAUUGUUUAUGCGACAUCUAUGUGAACCCGGUCCAGACAAUGCCGAAACAUUUGCCGACGGUGUUCCUCGGGAAGGUAUCUCUAGGCAACAUGUACUCACUCGUAUCGGCGUCAUGUCGUUAAUUCGUAAAAAAGUCCAAGAAUUUGAACAUAUCAAUGGAUUCAUUUCAAUGGAAUUACCAGAAAUGAUGAUGCCUCCUCCACCUCCAAACAACAAUUCUGAUGAUCAUCCGCAAUCACAGACGAAUGGUAAAUUCGAAGAUUUAUUAGAAAAUCAAUCGGAAAAGACAAAGUCGAAAGAAAUCAAAGAUGAAGUUGUCGAUGAUCAUGAUGUUAAAGAUGAAAAAUUGACUGAAGAAAAAACAGAAGUUGAAAACGAAUCCGAUACGAUGAACAAAAAUGGUAACAGUGAUAAAGAAAAAGAUAAGGAGAAUAUCCCUACUGAUUUAUCCAGUAGUAUUAAGCCACAAAAUCAAACUGAUAUAAAAUCAUCGAAAAAAGAUGGUAAAGAUAAUGAAGUGCCGAGAUUCAUGUUCAACAUUGCUGACGGUGGUUUCACCGAACUUCAUUCUUUAUGGACAAACGAGGAAAAAGCUUCAUCCGGUCGUGAAUAUGAAAUCUGGCAUCGUCGACAUGAUUACUGGCUACUUACCGGCAUUAUUAAACAUGGAUAUGGCCGAUGGCAAGAUAUACAAAAUGACCCAGCCUUUGCUAUCAUAAAUGAGCCUUUCAAAAUGGAUGCAGGCAAAGGUAACUUUUUGGAAAUCAAAAACAAGUUCUUAGCACGGCGGUUUAAAUUGCUUGAACAAGCAUUGGUCAUUGAAGAACAAUUACGUCGUGCCGCAUAUCUGAAUUUAACUCAAGAUAUCAACCAUCCUGUCAUGGCAUUGAAUACUCGUUUUGCCGAAUUGGAUAGUUAUGUUGAAUCGCAUAAAGAUUUUGUAAAAGAUUGUAGCCAAAAACCAGUGAACGCUAUCAUGCAUAAAGUAUUGAACCAAUUGGAAGAAUUGCUUACGGACAUGAAAUCCGAUGCUAGCCGAUUACCAAAUGCAUUGGUUCGAAUUCCUUCCGUUUCGCAACGAUUACAGUUAUCCGAACGAGGGAUUCUGUCUCGAUUGACCACACAGCCGCAACCGUUCGUCGUCAAUAACCAUAUGGAUUUGGCUAAUCAAGGACCAGCAUUUAGUAAUCUAACUACGGCCGCAAAAUAAUAAUCAUCAUUUCUUAUAUUCUAUUGAUGACAACAAAAAUCUAGAAUUUUCCUUUGAUUUCCUUCAACAUCAACCAUUCACCCCACUUGUUUCCAUAUGUCAAUUUGGUCUCAUUUCCACUAUCACUUAUUUCUUUUAUCAUCCCUCCAUUCUCAUUGUGACCAUCAUCAUCUUUGGUUUUUAACUAUAUAAUUCAUAAUUCUUUAUUCUUGUACUAUGUAAAUUAUUAUCAAAAUUACACAAAUGAACACUACUUUUAAAAA